CCUCCAGCAACCACGUAUCACAAUGAAUUGUGGGUAAUGCUGCGUUUUUAUUCAAACUCUAAUGCGAUAAAUAGGAGAAAGAGAGAAAAAGAACUACAAACUUUUAGUGCGCUUGUUUUCAGAGUCCGUAAAAAACAGCUUUAAGCAAAAGAAUGUCUCUUCAGCACCUGACUGCUUCAAACUUUGCAGGUCUUUUGCAGCCUGGAUGCUCCAUAUUAAAUCUGGAGGGUGAUAUUUAUCUCUUUGGACAGAAAGGCUGGCCCAAACGAUCCUGCCCAACUGGAAUCUUUGGCGUACGCAUUAAGCAUGGAGAGCUCAAGCUCCGUGCCAUCUCAUUCUCCAAUAAUUCCAGCUAUCUUCCACCGUUGCGUUAUCCUGCGGUUGCUCAUUUAACAGCUCGCAGUGAACACCCCGAGUGUAUUGUCAUUCACGGAGGCCGAACACCAAACAAUGAACUGUCUUCAAGCCUGUACAUUCUUAACGUUGACAGUCGAGGAUGCAAUCGGAAGGUUACGCUGAGAUGUCAGGAGAAAGAAUUGGUUGGAGAGCUGCCAGGACCUCGUUAUGGCCACACCAUUAGUGUAGUCCACAGCAGAGGGAAAACUGCAUGUGUUCUCUUUGGCGGCAGGUCCUACAUGCCACCUUCUGAGAGAACGACAGAAAACUGGAACAGCGUAGUGGACUGUCCACCCCAGGUGUACCUUAUAGAUCUGGAGUUUGGCUGCUGCUCAGCACACACCCUUCCUGAGCUCACAGAUGGCCAGUCAUUCCAUCUGGCACUUGCACGACAUGACUGUGUCUACAUCCUGGGAGGCCACAUUGCUUCGACUGACUGCCGACCACCCCGUCUAUUCAGGCUACAUGUGGAGCUUCUCUUAGGCAGUCCAUUGCUCUCCUGUGAGAUCCUCAAUGAUAGUCUGUCAAUCACAAGUGCCAUAGUAACACCCAUUGGAUCUCACGAGUACAUCAUCCUUGGUGGUUACCAGUCAGAUUCCCAGAAGCGCAUGCAAUGCACUUAUGUGGCACUGGAUGAUGUGGGUAUACACAUGGAGACCCGAGAGCCACCUGAGUGGAACAGUGAAAUUAGUCAAAGUCGCACCUGGUUUGGUGGAAGCCUGGAAAAUGGGAGCGCAUUGCUAUCUGUACCAUCAGGAACAAAUCCAGCACCACCAGAAGGUUAUUACUUCUACCAGGUAAGCUUCAAGCUGAAAGAAGAUGGAGAAGAACCAACCCAGACAUGCAGUCAAGAGUCCACAGAUUUUGAGGAUUCAGCUCCUCUAGAGGAUUCAGAAGAGCUAUACUUUGGACGUGAACCCCAUGAAAUGGAGGACAGUAGUGACGGAGAGGGAGACACGUACAAUGAGGAAGAUGAGGAGGACAUAUCUCAGACUGGUUACUGGAUCAAGUGCUGUCUCACCUGCCAGGUAGAUAUCAACACCUGGGAGCCCUUUUACUCAACUGAGUUGACCAGACCAGCCAUGAUCUUUUGUUCCAGAGGUGAAGGUGGACACUGGGUCCAUGCUCAGUGUAUGGAGCUCUCGGAGAAUCUACUCUUAUGCCUCUCUCAGGAAAACACCAAGUACUAUUGCCUGGAUCAUGGUGGCCUUGCCAUGCAGGAGAUGACUCCACCGCGCAAGAUAAUGUCUUUGAAGAGGGUGCCAAUGAAGCCAAUGCACCGCAAAGCCCCCAUCACACUGAAAAUGACUCCAGCUAAAAAGAGCUUCCUCAGAAGACUGUUUGACUGAGCUGUUAUAGUUAUUUCAGAGCUAAAAUGAAUGUUAUGCAGUAAUAAAAAUCUUACUUGAUUUAGUGUUUAGUAGUUAGACUAUUUUCAAAUACAAUAAUACUAAUGUUUGCAUAGAGGUUCAAAAAUUUAUUUCUUUUGUUGUUUAAAAUAAAAAAUACUGUUGUUUUGUGUCAAUUG